GAGGGAAAGGGAGGCCGCGGCCGGCCGCCGGCGAUGCUGCAGCUGCGGGACUCGGAGGAGGGUGCCGGGCCGGCUCUGCUGGUGCCAGCGGCCGAGGCCGACGUGCCCUUCACGCCGCCGGGAGACCUGGAGGCCUCGCUGGCAGCGGCCCGGCAGACGCUGCGCCCGCUCAUCGUCCGCAACCCCACCCGGGGGGGCCGCCUGAAGGAGUACUUCGUCUUCCGGCCGGGCACCAUUGAACAGGCGGUCAAUGAGAUCCGGGUGGUUGUGAUGCCCGUGGAGGACGGGGAGGUUCAGAGCGUCUGGCUGCUGACCGAAAUCGACCACUGGAACAACGAAAAGGAGCGCCUCGUUCUGAUUACCGACCGCUCCCUCCUGAUCUGUAAAUACGACUUUAUCAGCCUUCAGUGCCUGCAAGUGACCAGGAUCUCACUCAAUGCCGUCGAUACCAUUUCCACGGGCCAGUUUGAAUUUCCUCCCAAGUCGCUCAACAAGAGGGAAGGCGUCGGGAUUCGCAUCCAGUGGGACAAACAGAGCCGGGCUUCGUUCAUCAACCGGUGGAACCCGUGGUCCAGCAACGUGCCGUACGCCACCUUCACCCAACACCCCAUGGCUGACGCCGACGAGAAGAUUGCGUCUCUCUGUCAGCUGGACAACUUCCAAACCCAGCUAGUCCAGGCUGUCAAGAAAGCCCACAGGGAGUGUCCUCUCCCGGGCCGGGCCAACGGCGUCCUGCUCCUUGAGCGACCCCUCCUGAUCGAAACCUACGUGGGGCUCAUGUCUUUCAUCAACAACGAAGCCAAACUGGGUUAUUCCAUGACCAGAGGGAAGAUCGGAUUCUGAAAAAAAAAGCGGCAGUCACCGUCGCCCCCACCCCAGAAGAGUAUAGGGGAGAGUGAAACAACGGCAGUCAAUUUUUUUAUUUUUUAGUCCCGGCUCGCCGAAAAUCUCACCGAUCCCUCGCAACAAGAGGCAGCCAUAGAAAGCCGUUCACCACCAUCCCGGAAAAUCGCAAUCCAUUCCUUUCGGUAUGUCUCGGAUGAGAUCAUUGUUACGUUUUCACGCAUGACUUUUCCCCUUCCCGUGUCGACAUGUAACCUAGGUUUCCUUCAUGCGGGGUGGCUAAUUAUUUCCCAUGAUUUCAAGGGAUAAUCGUUGAGAGUCGCUAAUUUUUUUUCUCCCCGUAAUUUCAGUUUUGGGCGGCUUGUAAAUCUCUUUUGCGUUGAAACUCAUUCUUCCCCUGUUCCGGCGAGUCAGCACACCUUACGAAUUGUCGUGGCCAGUUGUGUGUGUGUGCCUGGUGUUUAGAGAACUCUUUCCGUAGCCAAAAUAAAAAAAAGUUGCGCAAAGAACCACUUCUCACGCUGUGAAAUUCCACACAACGGCACUCGUUUCCUGUGGGAUUCCGCGCUACGCAGGAUCACUUUUUUUUUCUGCAUCGAGCAGGUUUUUUUUUUUUUUUUUAAAGGGGAAAUUUUCGAUCCGCUUGAAAGAAAAGACGGUGUUUCACUCCAAAGCAGGGUACUAAAUAUAUAUAUAUAUAUCUACCAAAGCAUGGGUGUUGAAAGCAAGAACGUGUAGUUUUAAUUUGAAUUGUCCCAAUUUUCUCUCUCGGUUUCAAAUCCUCCCGACGCUUAACGUGGGGUGAACCCUGAGGCGGAAACUCACAAAAAGGUGGGAAAAUUAAAAGUAUUGCUUCAUCCAGGCC